UGAUAAAGUCGAUGAUUGUAUCUUACUUUAUAAAAAGAAACUUGGUCUUCUCUUAGCGUGAAAAAAAAAUUGAUCGUUGUCUGGCUACGAUAGAAGAAUGUGCUUAGGUGUGCGAUUGACAUACCGGAGCUGAGAUGUACGUCGUGGCGAAUUGUUUCGCGAUGAACUAAGUUCGCGAUUCAAGAGGCGACAUUUUUGAAUUGAGUCCACGAUCGUGCGCGACCAAGCAGACAAACGAGAUAAAAAAUAGAGAAGAAACCGACGGCGGAGAAGUGAAAAAUGAGGGCCUCGUUGCUGUUGCUGGGGGGCAUCGUGGUAUUCUCGGUCGCAGUUGCGAGAGCUCUCUCCUGUGUCUGUUCACCCUUCGAGUGUGACAUUCUCACCGAUGAAGAUUGUCCCGGAGGCCUCACCUGGGAUCCCUGUAGAUGUUGUAAGGUGUGCGCUCGUGUCGAGGGAGAACCAUGCGGUGGUUUGUUUGGAUUUUCUGGAAGUUGUGCCAACGGCUUACAAUGCGUCAUCAAAAACUUGCUGCCCAACACUCGAGAAGUGGACGAGGGAAUUUGUACAAAGAUCCCGGGCAGAUGGAGGAGGCAUUGUCCGCACGGACAGAUAAUGUCUGAACCUGGAUGCAACUUAGUGUCCGAAGGAACCACCGGAGAAAACGGAAAUACGGUGUCUACUGGAAAAUGCGUUUGUGGACCGUCGGUGCCUUGGUGUCCAAACGAACCUCGUCCUUAUGAUUAUUCUACUCGACACGAGUGCAAGCUCAAUUUGGCCGCAAAGAUGAAUUACGAUCUCUUUAAUUCUGGAAACACGGAAAGCGACGACAUUCAAGGAGAUACGCGUGGCAACGAGUGUCCGGAGGAUAGUGUUCAAGGGGAGGGCGGUGAGUGCAAAUGCAUCGACUGUCCCUCGGUCGAGUGCGAACCGGGUCAACGUCUGAUCCAGGUGAAGCCAGCGGAUCCAGAGACCCCGGGUAGCUGCUGCGCACGUUACGAUUGCCUGCCCCCAGACUCUCGAGAAUCGGAGCCGUGCCCCGAAAAUAGCGUGUUAACCGAGGAUGGAAAGUGCGAGUGCGCGCCCUGCCCAAGGCCUACCUGCCAACCGGGACAUCGUCCCGUUCAACUGAGAGCUGCCCUGGAUCGCGAGACACCCGGUAGAUGUUGCCCUCUUUACGAGUGCAAACCCGCAGAGUCGAUCUCGUGGAUAAAACCGGCAACCGAGAUAACGAAACCGCCUAAAUAUUGUAUUUACGAGGGCAAAGCGAGAGAGUUGAACGAACGAUGGCAGCCAUCCGAUUGUGUUAGUUGCGUCUGCCAGGAGGACGGGAUGGUAUCCUGUCAAGAAUCAAUGUGCAAAUCCUGCGAGAACGCGAUUCCUCCCGAUCCUGGCGAAUGUUGUCCGUAUUGUCCACCGUUUACGAACACGACGUUCCACCGAUCGGAGAUACCUUGUCAAACUUCUCUCGACGGUUGCGAGUUAACAUGCGAAUACGGUUACGCGAAAGACGAAAGCGAUUGUCCCAUUUGUAGUUGCGAUAAAUCCGAGAGAAACGAUGUGAUAAUAACGGAUCAUCCUCCUACUAAUAACGAAUCCAAAAACAUUUGCCCAAAUUUUCACUGCGAUUUCGGUUGCAAGAUCGUAAAGGACGAAAAUGACUGCUCGAUCUGCGAUUGCCAGACCUUUGAACAAUCUACCACUGACACUGUGGCAAUCGACGAUGCUGGAAAAAAGAUUUGUCCCGAAGUAAAGUGCGAUUUGCACUGCGAACGAGGAUUGGUUAUGGAUGAAAACGACUGCACAUUUUGCAAAUGUCGAACGCCAGAAUCGACAAGUUGUCCACCUCUAAUCGGAUGCAGAAAACGAUGCGCGUUUGGUUACAAAACGAACAAACGCGGCUGUUCUAUGUGCCGAUGUCGUGCUUUCUGCGUGGACCACGUGAACGGAACGCAUCCGGAAGGAUCGACUUGGCAUCCGAACUCGUGCACCUCGUGCACCUGCGACACCGGAGGGAAGCUUAGUUGCAAGGAGACCGUUUGCUCGAUAGCUUGCAACGAUCCGUUGCCCGCGAAACCUGGAACUUGUUGCCCGAUUUGUCCGAUCGCGCCGACGAAGGGGAACGGUGUGGCGAACGGUGGUCAUCAUCAAGGCAAAGGGUGGGGCACGGUGCCGAUCAUCUUGAUCACAAUACUCUCGUUGUUCUGCCUGGUGCUCAUCGCCCACAUUCUUCACAGUCGAUUCCGGGCCCGUCUCUCACCCUCCGAGACAUCUUACUCCAUCUACCCUCCUCAAUAUUACAAAUGCGUGCCAGUGUACGACACGCCGGUGCAUCGAAACGAGAAAAUUGUACCCUUGUAAAAGACUGUUUGACAAACCGGGGAAAACGUGAGAUAUAUUCUUUGGACAGACGGAGUUUAUUACGUGCGUCGAUAAUCACGGCCAAUAGGAGAACAGCGAAGACCACCAAACGAGAGAAGCGCGAAGGUGAAUGAGAACACGCACUCGCUGCCAACAAAAGUCCAAACUUGACGUUUUACCGGUCCAAAAUACCAUAUUGUAGAUUCAGUAUUAUUUAUAAGUAGCGGACGGUUUUACGAUUGUAAGAGAAGAUAACUGAGAUGUAUAGGCCGACGCUUUGUGAACCACGGUUGUCGGGUACCCUCUCCCUCCCAGUCCUCCUCCCCUCCUCCCUAACCUCGAUUCUAAUUCGAUACGAUAUCGUGAUUACGAUAUGUAAAUUGUAAUACAAAAUAC